AAUUCUAAAUGUAUUUUACAUAGAAUUCUAUAGAUAUAAUAAAGUAUUCUGAAAAAUGGAUAUCCAAGCUAAUUUCUUUGUCACGCACUAUUAUUUCUUGGGCACCCUGGGCUUUAUUUUAACGGGAAUAGUUUUGACGGUGCCCACGAUACGUGACAAGUUUCGUAAGCAAUAUACGAAAUUUCGCGCGAAAUCGAUGAACUAUACCCCCAUAACAUAUAUGCAGGAUGAUAGGCUAACGGCAGUAUCGAAAAAGCGCUUGCUCAUGGUGCGUCGCAAAACUUUAGUUUUAGAUAUGGACGAGACACUGAUAUCGUCUGUGAUACUGUAUCGGAUGAAAUCGUUGCUAGAAGCAGGACCCGAAGACAAUCGGCGUUACAAGGCGAAGUCAAAAAUCGUACACUCAAUGCCAUAUGAUUACAGCUUCUAUAUACCCAUGUCGGAGGCCAGCGUCUAUGUCUAUAAGCGACCCUACGUCGAUCUGUUUUUGGAUCGGGUCUCCAAGUGGUAUAAUCUGGUAGUCUUCACCGCUGCCUCGGAGGCUUAUGCCUCUCAAGUGCUGGACUUUCUAGAUGCUGGUCGAAAUAUACUGAAGCGUCGAAUGUUUCGACAGCAUUGCAUCGAGAUCUGCGGGAUUCGGGCGAAGUUUGUGUCGCUGGCCCGUAGUGAUCUGGCCAGUGUGCUGCUUCUCGACGAUUGCCCAAUGGAGAACAGCUUCAAUAUUGGCAAUUCGGUGAACAUUAAGAGCUAUCGCAUCGGUUCGCAGGACAAUGAAUUGCUCUGCAUGCUGCCUUUUCUGGAUGCCCUGCGAUUCACUCGCGAUGUUCGCUCUGUCCUGGGUCGCACCACUCGCUUCGAUUGCCUCGCCACUUGCUUGGAAUCGCAUAUCUACGAAGCUGAGGAAGAUGAAGACGAUAUACAUAAUUCAUUCUAAUCAGGUUAGAGGGCUAUUGAUUGGUCGCUAAUCUUUUGCUUUAUUUCUUAACAACUUGAAAUUCCUAAGAGCAUUCGAUAUUUUGUAGUCCUAGAUAGGUAUAGAUCUCUUCUUUAUCGAUAUA